GGUUUAGAACAACUAUAGAGUAGCUCCGAAAAUAAUAUCAUUGCUAACACUAACACACCAAUUCGAUAUGAUCCACUUAAUGGGCGUGAAAAUAUGAUUACAUUAAGGAAAGCAUGUGAGAAGACGUGAAAAUAUCAGGCUAAUUAAAAAAAAAGUGAUUUAUAAUGUACGCAAAAUUAAAAUGUUUACAAUGCCUAAUCAUUUUGAAUGGUUUGUUUUAUGUUCAAGGAGAAAGAACUAUAGGAGCAAUUAUUGAUGAUGGAAGUUUUUUAUUCGAAGCGGCAUUCAAUGUAGCUAUUACAGCAGCAUCUGAAAAUGAGGAAAGUCCUUUUGCAGCCAGCGUCGUGCGAACACCACCUGGUGAUAUAAUGGAAGCUGAAACAGCUAUGUGUACUCUUUUAGAGAGUAAUAUUUUCGGAGUAUAUGGACCUAAAACAAAAAGUACGUUGCAUCAUGUCCAGUCCAUAGCAGACUUUUUGGAAAUUCCACAGUUAAUAGCUGAGCCCGUGGAAACUCUGAAUCGAAAUUGGACUGCUGUUAAUUUAUAUCCGAACCACAUUGCUUAUUCACAGAUAUUUGCCGAUAUUAUUAAAAUAAAAGCUUGGGACGAGUUCACGAUCAUCUAUGAAGGCUCCGAACAUUUACCUUUUAUAGACAAUAUUAUAUCUUUGCAAGAGUUAGAUUCUGAAGUAAAAAUGGUAAUAUUAGUGGUGCAACUGCCAGAUGGUGAUGACUAUAGAUCGCAGCUAAAAACAGUAAAAGCAUCAGGUUCACUAAAUUAUGUUAUAAGCUGUGGUAUAGAUAAGUUACCGCUGAUAUUACAGCAAAUACAACAAGUUGGAUUAAUGUCCGAUGAUCAUAGCUAUAUAAUAAUGGAUCCUGAUUUCCAAACGAUUGACAUCGAACCAUACAAACACGGAGGUUCAAAUAUAACAGGUAUCAGAUUUUUUGAUCCCGAAUUAGAGGAUAUUCAAAAUUUUAUUACUUCUUUGAAUGCAAAGGUAAAAGAACUUUCCGAGGGACAGAUUGAAAAUGCAGUGGCUGAAAAUGGCCUCACAUUAAAUCUAGCGCUUGUCUAUGAUUCAGUAAUUUUGUAUACAGCAGCAAUAAAUGCAAUGGGAUUGGAGGAAGGCGCAGAAAAUAUUACUUGCGACAGUGACGAUAGUUGGACUUUUGGAUCUACCCUUAUUAACCACGUACGAACGAUGGAAAUAGACGGUUUAACUGGCUUGAUAAAAUUUGACGAAGAAGGCCUUCGCUCUGAAUUAGAAGUGGAUGUACUGGAAGUAAUGGCUCAUGGUUUCGAAAAGAUAGGAUCUUGGACGACAGAAGAUGGAUUUACCGAGUCUAGAAAAAUUGUACCCCCAGUGGAACAAGAAGGAAGUGAUUCUAUGAAAGGAAAACAUUUCAUUGUGAUAACUGCGUUGAGUGCCCCAUAUGGAAUGUUGAAGGAGUCUUCAAAACAAUUGGAGGGAAAUGACCGUUACGAAGGUUUUGGUAUAGAAAUAAUAGAAGAAUUAGCAAAGAUGAAUGAGUUCAAUUAUACUUUUGACAUUCAAGUCGACGGUGUUUACGGAUCGUAUGAUUCCAAAACAGGCAAAUGGACUGGAAUGAUGGAGAAAAUAAUGGACGGAAGGGUGGAUUUUGCUAUAACCGAUUUAACAAUAACGGCUGCUCGUCAAAAAGCUGUGGAUUUUACCAGUCCUUUUAUGAAUUUAGGUAUCACUAUAUUAUACAAAAAACCCACAAAACAACCACCAGACUUGUUUUCAUUUAUUUCACCUUUUUCUUACCAGGUUUGGGGUUAUUUAGCAGGUGCUUAUGUUGGCGUAUCGGCGUUACUUUUUUUAUUAGGACGAUUUGCACCUGAGGAAUGGCAGAACCCAUAUCCUUGCAUAGAAGAACCAGAAACUUUAGACAACCAAUGGACGUUUGCAAACUCUUUUUGGUUUACUUUAGGUAGUGUACUUACACAGGGAUCUGAAAUAGCACCAAUUGCAGUAUCUACAAGAAUGGCCGGCAGUAUGUGGUGGUUUUUCACUCUUAUCAUGGUAUCAUCGUACACUGCUAAUCUUGCUGCAUUUUUAACUGUUGAGUCCAAGUUUUAUGCAAUAAAAAGUGUGUCAGAUUUAGCAAACAACCCUUACGAAAUUAGCUAUGGAGCGAAAAAAGGCGGCGCUACUUAUAGCUUCUUUAAGGAAUCUGACAACAUACUUUAUCAGAAAAUGUACCAAUAUAUGGACGCACAUCCAGAGAUGAUGCCACCUACAAAUGACAUCGGGCUGGAAAGGGUCAAAUCUGAAACUGAAAAUUAUGCAUUUUUAAUGGAGUCUUCAUCAAUCGAGUAUUUGGUAGAGAGAAAUUGUGACGUAGCUCAAGUAGGUGGACUUUUGGACAGUAAAGGCUAUGGAAUAGCCAUGAAGAAAAACUCACCAUACAGACAACCAAUGAGCGAGUCAAUACUACAGUUACAGGAACAAGGAAAGAUAUCGAGGAUGAAAGACAAAUGGUGGAAAGAAAAACGAGGAGGAGGCGUAUGCGCGGAUGACGAUGAAGGCAGCGGAGAUGCUCAACCAUUAGUGCUAGCGAAUGUAGGUGGAGUGUUCAUUGUACUCGCCGCCGGGUCGGGUAUGGCGGUCAUCUGCGCUUUCGUUGAAAUGAUGUUCGACGUCUGGCUAACGGCGCGUAGAGUCAAGGUAUCGUUCAAGGAAGAGCUGAUUGCAGAACUCAAGUUCAUAUUCAGCUUCAGCGGAGAUGUGAAACCUGUUCGCCAUAGAGAAUCAACUGGCAGUGGAUCCAAAGAGUCCAAGAAAGAGGAAGAAAAAGAAGAAGAUGACGUAGAGUCACAUAGAGAAAGUCAAAACAGAGACGAACUAGCGCCUUCACGGCAUUCGGAAAGGUCAAGCCACUCUCACCAUAACUCCCACAGUAGGAGGCAAAGUAAUGCCAUUCAAAUGGCUAGAAUGCGUAAAUAUAGCAGACAGUAUUCGAACAAGUCCCAAUUGAUACCUGAAAAUUAGAAAUACCAUUUGUGCUACAUCUUUAUAUUAAUAAAUUAUUUGGAAUUGA